AUGCCUAAACAACUAAGACAAUUAUUUGCAACAAUUUUAAUCUAUUGCAAGCCAACUAAUAUUUUAGAACUUUGGAAUACAUAUUUACCUGCUUUAUCUGAAGAUUUUGUAUAUAAUCCAAAUUCUAAACAUGUAGCUUUAGAUUAUAAUGAUCCAAGAAUA